AUGGCGUCGGCGUCGCACACGGGGAAUAGCAACCCUCUGCCACCUCUUAGUGGCUCCGGGAGUAAGAGGAGCCGCGAGGAUGAGGAAACGGAUGAAAAUAUCACGGCCGUUUUCCCUGUCGAGGAGACGUCUCCGCAGAGUGUCGGAUUUCCGAAGAAGAAGCUGUGGGAUCAGCUGAGGAGCAUGCGAAUCAGCACUCCCCGCUCAACCCGCGCGAAAUCGAGGGUUUCGAAGUCUCACAGUGCGCGAAAGGCUGGUGCUUCCGGUGGUGAGACUGAGGUGCCUGGCGGAGCUGAUGGUGUGAUGCGUGGUGCUGAAGAUACGCUUGAUUCUGCUGCUGCUGAUGCGUGUGAUGGUCAAGGUGACGCUACUGCUGGCUCACCUGCUGAAGCACCAGAUGCGGCUGGAAAGCCUGCUGGCGCUGGAAAUGCCUCGGUUAUUGUCGCUUCUUUCAUCGCCGGUGCUGCUGAAGCCACUGCCGCAGCUUCCGAGGCUUUUGCCUUCCCUUAUGCUGCUCCCCGCCCAGCUGAACCCCCUGUUGGCACUCCGAACGGCGCUGCUGCCUCGCGCUGUACUUCUGCUGCCUCGGGCCGUGCUUCUGCUGCUGCUUCUGCUGCUCCUGCUACUCGAGCAGCAGCGGGCCGUCCCCCGGCAUCCACCCGUACUUCACUCCGACGAGCCUCUGCCAGGCUGAAAGCCAGAGGAGGAGCUCCGCCGUCAGGGUAUGUGAAACCGUUUGUGUCCCUUGCUCAGAGCGUCAGCAUGUUCGGCACCAGGAGCAACCGGUCAUCAGAUGUCGAGUCAGGCUCACACGCAGCUGGAACCACACACGAGCUUGGUCUGACCGUUCCUGAACCGUUUGACUUUAAGACAAACAGGCGCCUGCGACCGAAAGACGAGCAGCUGAAGAAGGAAGCGAAGCCGUUUGUGUCGCUCGCUCAGAGCGUCAGCAUGUUUGGUGCCAGGAGCGAUCAUCGAUCGUCAGAGACAGAGCUUAAAGCGCAUGAGAGUGGGCCUUCUCAUGGGGCUACUCUAACCGUACCUGAGCCGUUUGACUUCAAGACUGACAGGCGCCUGCGACCAAAGGACGAGCAGCUAAAGAAGGAAGCCAAGCCGUUUGUCUCGCUUGCUGAGAGCGUCAGCAUGUUUGGCGCCAGGAGCAGUCGGUCAUCCGAGAUCGAGUCCAACGCACAUGAGGGUGGGCCUUCUCACGGGGUUGCUCUAACCAUUCCUGAACCGUUUGAUCUGAAGACAGACCGGCGCCAGCGACCCAAGGACGAGCAGCUGAAGAAGGAAGCAAAGCCGUUUGUGUCCCUGGCCCAGGAGCUCAGCUCUUUCUCUGCACACAUGCGGCCGGAAGGCGACGCUUCUACUGCCGCCUCCUCUGCUGCUUCUGAUGCUCCUCAUGUGACCAAGCCUGUGUUGCCGAAGCUGCUGACGGCGCAGAGGGAGCGGCCGAGGAGGUUCAGGGUGCUGCAGGAAGGGGAGGCUGCUGGCACCGGGGUGACUACCCGGUCUGCUGUAAAGAGGGGAGCGACGCCUGCUGCUGGUGGUGCUGCUGCGACUGGUGCGGGUGCUGGCGGUGGUGUGGCUGGUCCGAGGCUUCCCACAGUGCCUUGCUCGCCCAUGCUGACCACCAAGUUGCGUGCACGAGGAACCAAGGUGAAGAGCAGUGAAGAGAGGGAGCUGGAGGAGAUUGCAAAUGCGUCGAAGCGCAUGCAUACCAGCAAGCACGGCAGCUCAGAGGCGCCAACCGUCAACCACCCACGAGAGUUCCACCUGUUCACUGAGGAGCGCGGGCAAGCAAAGCAGCACAAGCUACAGCAGAAGCUGGCAGAAGAGGAGGAGGAUAGGCGCAGGGCAGCCAUUCCCUUAGCAGCACCCAUGCCAUACACCACCCUCGCCCCGGAGUUCCUCCGCAAGCCGCCCACCAAGCCUGCCACAGAGCCGCACGAGUUUGAGCUGGAGUCAGUGAGGCGGCACCAGAUGGCGCAGCAGCGGCUGGAGGAGGAGGCGCAGAGGAAGGCGCAGGAGGAGGCUGCUCAGAAGGGGUUCCACGCACAGCCCCUGCCUGACAUGACCAAGCGUCCGGAGCCCCCCAGGCGCAGCAAUCGUGUGCUGACGGAGGUGCAGCCAUUCAACCUGAACGUGGACCGCCAGGCAGAGCACCACGCAUGCGCCAAGAAAGCGUUUGCUGAGAGGUGUCAGCGGGGGGAAGACGAGUACGCCAAGAUGCAAGCACGAUGGAAGAAGGAGGAGGAGGAGGAGAUCAAGAGGAUGCGCAAGGGGAUGGUUCACCAUGCAGUUCCCAAACCAUCCUACGAGGAACCCUUUGUUCCAAAACGGUCAGGGAAGCCCUUGACUCAACCAGUGUCUCCAUGCCCAGGCAUAGAGGCUGUGCGGGCAAGUAGGUUCCAGCAGGAGGACAUGUAUUAA